UCUUUGACGUAAUGUUACUAAGAACCUAAAUCUGGAGCUUUUUUCCAUUCUUACGUCUCGUUUCCUGGCCGGUCGGACACGCUGUACCUUUGCUCUUUUUGACUGCUUUACUGGAUACGUUCGUUUUACAAGGUACCCCGACUCAACUCUCGCUGCUGUUCUUCGCCCCCCCCGCGGUACACUUUACCUUCCUGAAUUCCCGCCACGGUGGAAACGAUGUCAUCCUUCGGCAAGAAGCUGCUGCGGCGUCGGGUGCUGGACCUCUCUCAGGAGGAGACCCGCUUCUUCCGCUGCCUGACCACGCUGGACCUCAUCGCCCUGGGCGUGGGCUCCACGCUCGGGGCCGGCGUGUACGUGCUGGCCGGGGAGGUGGCCCGGGAGAGGGCGGGCCCCGCCAUCGUCCUCUGCUUCUUGAUCGCGGCGCUCUCCUCUGUCCUGGCCGGCCUCUGCUACGCCGAGUUCGGCGCCCGGGUUCCCAAGACGGGCUCGGCGUACCUUUACAGCUACGUGACGGUGGGCGAGAUCUGGGCCUUCAUCACAGGCUGGAACCUCAUCCUCUCCUAUGUCAUCGGUACAGCCAGUGUGGCUCGUGCAUGGAGUUCCACGUUCGAUAAUCUGGUGGAACAGAAGAUCUCCAGCUUCUUCAAGGCCUCCAUGUCUAUGAAACAUGGAGGCCUUCCUGAGAAAGUGUUCGCAGAUUACCCAGACCUUUUCGCCCUCAUCCUGGUGCUUCUGCUAACUGGACUGCUGGCAUUUGGCGUGAGCGAGUCGGCUCUGGUGAACAAGAUUUUCACAGGGAUCAACCUGGUGGUGCUUGCCUUCGUCAUCAUCUCAGGCUUCGUGAAAGGAGACACCGCCAACUGGAACCUCACAGUGGAUGACUUCAUCAAUCAGACCAAUAUCAGCGAUCCAAAGGCUAUAGAAGAAAAGUUCGGAAGCGGUGGCUUCGCUCCGUUCGGAUUCAAAGGCAUCCUGUCUGGAGCCGCCACCUGCUUCUACGCCUUCGUGGGGUUUGACUGCAUCGCCACCACAAGUGAGGAGGCGAAAAACCCCAUGCGCUCCAUCCCCAUCGGCAUCGUGGCCUCCCUGCUCAUCUGCUUCUUCGCCUACUUCGGCGUGUCGGCUGCCCUCACCCUCAUGAUGCCGUACUACCGCCUCGGCACCCAGAGCCCUCUGCCUGAGGCCUUCAGCUACGUGGGCUGGGAUCCUGCCCGCUACAUCGUGGCUGUGGGUUCGCUCUGUGCACUUUCCACCAGCCUGCUGGGCUCCAUGUUCCCCAUGCCCCGGGUCAUCUACGCCAUGGCGGAGGACGGCCUGCUGUUCCGCUUCCUGUCCCGCAUGAACGAGAAGACCAAGACCCCUGUGCUGGCCACCAUCGUGUCCGGCUUCGUAGCAGCUCUGAUGGCUUUUCUCUUCGAUUUGAGCGCGUUGGUGGACCUGAUGUCAAUCGGUACCCUGUUGGCCUACUCCCUGGUCGCAGUGUGCGUGCUCAUUCUAAGGUACCAGCCGGGCAGUCUGAACUCCGGCAGUCAGAGCGAGAAGCUGAUGAAGCUGAUGGGGGAGGAGAAAGGAGCCGGGGGAGACGGCGGGGACGAGGACGGCUCUCCCUGCGGCCGCCCUGCGACGGAGGCGUUCUCCUGGAAGCUCUUGUUUAAACCCAGCUGCGAUUCCCCGACCGAGAUCUCCGGCACCAUCGUGUACAUCACCACAGCCGUCGUCGCUGUGCUCUUCACGGUCCUUUGCGUGGUUCUGGCGGUGUGGCCUUCUGAAGUGUUCGACGGGGAGCCCGGCCCGCUGGCUGCCUCCGUGCUGCUGUUGGUACUUUCCGGCCUCUGUACGCUCAUCAUCUGGAGACAGCCCCAGAGCAAGGAGGCUCUCACCUUCACGGUUCCUCUGCUCCCCGUGCUGCCUUUGGUAAGCAUCAUCAUUAACGUCUACCUCAUGAUGCAACUGGACCUGGCUACCUGGUGUCGUUUCGCCGUGUGGAUGGCUAUCGGCUUUUUGAUUUAUUUUGGUUAUGGUAUGUGGCACAGCAUGAAAGACCCAAGGCACAAACAACUUAACGGCGGUCCUUCCGGAAAGUACGAGCCUGCCCUCCGAGCAAAGACCCCCAUCUUGCUAGGGGGGGAUGAGAGUGAACUGGAAGCAAUGACACCCUGAAACUAGGGAGGGGGGCAGAGGAAAUGCCCCGCCCCCCAAAUCCAGAACAUUAUCCUGUAGCUUGAAGAGGAGAGUUCAACAGGGACCCAGAAGGGCCCAUUCCUGCCGUCUCUGCAACAUCCCUCAAGUGCGUUUGGUUUUUCCGUUCAACCUCCAAAAAGGUUGAUUUGAAGAAUAUUUCUUGGGAAUUUCAAGAAAUGCCAAAAAAUAAGUUAACACAACAGUGUUGCUGGUGUUCCAGGUGUGAGUCCACAGGUGGUACCCUGUGGACUUGGCUUUCUGCUCUCAGCAGUGGACAGUACUGCUGGAAGCCCCAGCUGGCUUACGGCAGGGUAUAGAUAUGCCUGUCAGGCUACGAUCAGUAUUGCCCCUUACCUGUGUAUUAUCGCUGAAAGCACAUUGCCAAGCCACACCCGGGGGACGUUAAACCCUCAAAUGGAUCGGUUUUCUCAAUUUUCCUUGGGUCACACAGAAAAGAUGUGUGCCUUUUCCUCGGACCUGACAAUCGUAUCCGUUUCCCAGUUUUUUUUAUUUAUUGAACGAGUAUUCAAAAAGUAAUAAGGAAAUACUUGAAUCAAUUUUGUUUGCUGCAGUAUCCUCCUUUCUGUUUACAAGAGUACUUUCACGUGUAUAUUUUUGAACACAUAUACAGUAUAUUUAAGUGAAGGAAAGUGAUAAAUACUAGACUUGCGACAUUAGAAAUAAUGGAAUAAUGCCCCGAUAAAGAUUAAAAUGCUUUUUUUAGUUUGUUUGCAUCAAUGUACCAGGACUGGGUUAAUGGCACGCUCAAGGUACAUGAACUGAGAUGUAGAGGGUAUUUUUGUAACGUGAUGUAUAAUCAUAAAUAUAUCAAAGCACUGUGCUGUUAACUCCUGGUAGUCAAACGUGAAUGUAUUUUUCAUUGGGUUUGCGCUUUCAGGUGUUCAUGGAUUUGUCAGUGUGGGUAUGGAAGGCUAUACAGGUCACAACUGAAUUUACAAUAGGCUUUCUGCUAAACUUGCAGUCGGUAAUGAAGGUCAUGAGCCUUACGUAUAUAAAGCUUGCAGCCUUCAACUUCAUGUUAAUAUCAAGCAUUUUUUCUAUGUAUAUACUUGUAUAUAUUAGGACCAAUGACAUGUUUUUUUGGGGGGGUUUUUUCCCCUCUCCCUCUCUAAUGUCUCAGUAGGAAUUGUAUUGUAAGAACUUAUGCUGUGGGUGCAGCAGUCUUACUGCUCAGUCCAUAGGAAAAGUGCUCUGCAUCCUCCAAAUAACUGGAUUUGCUUAUUUAGACAUAAACGUUUGUGAUAAGUUCUGUCUUUUCACAAACAAUAUUUUAGUUUCCAUUGAAACGUACUGUGCUUAACGGCUUGGCUGUUGAGAUGAGGGCAAUUUUUAAUCUGUUCAUUAUCUUCUAAAUACUUCUGGCUUUUUGUUACUUUGGUGUUUUUAUGGCUGUUGCAUUAAAGUUACGAUUUCUUUCCAUCUAUGGGAUGUAAGUAACCAGUCUAGAGAGGAUUUUUUGGGGCAAACUACUGGAAUAUUCCCACCAUAAUAUGGUGGAUGGAUUUGAAUUGUAGUCGCAUGAGGUUAGUGGGGAACUACAAUUCCUGGAAUGUGCCUUUCAUUACGAUUCUGAGAAAGCACUUGCCUGGGAGUGCAUUUAUUUCCCUGUACUUGGCAAAGCAAAGGCUCAUGUCAAGCCUUUGUAGCCUCCAAAUGUUCAGUGAUUUGAUGAGGAGAUGUGUGGACUGCGGGGAACUCUUUAUUAGAUGAGACUUGUUUUAACAUGCUUUAAACUUGCCUUCUCUGUUAAGAUUCUUUUUUUGGGCUCCUGUAAUGUACAUUUAACUUCAUACAUAUAUAUAUAUUACACACACAUACACACACUUAUUUAUUAUUUUGUAGUAUAUUGCACAAUAUUUAUAUUUAGCUCAAUUCCAAAAUGAAAUUGAUGCGACAUGAUGUAUUGUACUCUUAAGCUUAAAAAGCCAAUUUAGAAGUUCCGUUGAACACUUCUGACAAGCCGUGAUCUCACCCGGCAGUUAAUCGUACCACAGCCAGUACCAAGUUUUUCAACUUCAUUUGACAAAACAUUUCUGUUCUUUCACUUACUUUUUUUCCUGUCUUUUGUAUUCUGUAAAUAUGUGUAUGUAUUGAGUUACAUUUUAAAUGUUUUCCUUUUUUAAUAAAAAAUGUUGCUUUGAAGCUGUAUACACUGAAA